UUUAUACGACUCUUUCCAGACCAAAAAUAAAUCCCCAAUUCCAAUUACUCCAUUUUCCUAUAAACCCUAGAUUGAUUUUCUAAGAUCUCUCUAAACCAUCCCUUCUGAAUAACACUUGUUUCUUCCACUUCCAGGGUUUCAUCAUUCAUUCAUGGAGUAUUUCAAGUUUCUCUCUAUGGAAAUCGCACUAGAGAUUCUAACUGGUUUACCAACAGAAUCAGUACUGGAAUGCAAAUUAGUUAGCAAAACCUGGAGAAAUCUUGUUCGUCAUCCAUCAUUCUCCAAGAUGCACGUCCAUCGUCAUCUCUCAAAUCCUGAUUCUGAUUCUGGUAAGUUGGGUUUUCUUGCUUUGAGUCGUACUGAAAUUGGGAAUAAUGAAAAUUUUCGGUGUUUUGAGUGUAAUCAAGAUGAUGUAUCUACACCAAUUGAAAGCAUUAGAAGGAUUAAUUUAGCAUCCCCUUUUAGCUAUACUAUAAUUGUUGGUUCAUGUAAUGGCUUGAUAUGUCUUUCUGGAGGCACAUUACGACCUUAUUUUAUAUGUAACCCCAUCACCAAAGAAUAUGUUCUGCUUCCAGAAAUCAAGAUCAAUAGUGAUAUCAGUCAGUAUGUUGUCUCCACUAGCGGAUUUGGUUAUGUUUCUUCGACCAAUGAGUACAAAGUUGUAGGAAUUUUUAUGUUGAAGAAGACCCAUUUUCUAGAAGUCCACAUAUAUAGUCUAGGCAGUGGGCUUGGAUGGAGAAACCUUGGAAAUUUCGAUUGUGAUAUCAGCAAUUUUUUCUGGGAACAUCGACAAGGUAUCUUUGCUAAUGGAGCUCUUUGUUGGCUGACGCUGGAGAACGAAAUAUCCGAAAUCAUUACCUUUGAUUUGUCUGAGGAAAUCUUUUGUGAAAAUCUCUUGACACCACCUCCUUCGCCACCAGAGAGUUAUUCUUUAGGUAAUAGAAUAGGGGUUGUGGAUGGGUUUUUGUUUUUUGCUAUUUGUUUAGUUAUCGAAGGAGUCCUAAGUUAUGACGUGUGGCUACUCAAAAAGAAGAAUGGCAAUCACGACAUGAAAGAUCAGGGAGAGGAACAUCAGUCAUUCAUUUGGAAUCAAGAUUUUGAAAUUUAUGAUAUCGAAUUAUUAGCCAUUACAAAGAGUGAUGGUGUUUUAUGCCUCUGGGAUAAGUAUCUCAACUUUUAUGACCUUAAAGCGGCAACCUCUAAAUGGCUUGUGGAUUUGAAGAAACCGGUAGUUCAAGUAUUACCUCACAAGAAUACCUUUGUUUCGUUGAAGGAAUUAGGGGAAGAAGGUACAAAAACAAUGGAGUCAAUAGAAGCCAUGAUCAGCCAUUGAAGCAGCUAUAAAAGGAUGAGAUCACUGCGUACACACUUAUAUACUGAUCGAAGCUUUUUUAAGGUGUGCCCCAGGCCAGAGCAUUUCGUCAAGAAAGUUCGGUAGUUUUGGAACUCCAGAAGGUUCCCGCAAGCUGUAGAGGAGUUACAAUGUUCACAAAUUGUACAAUGCAUUUGAAAAGAUAUAUUUGAGUCCUGCUGUUGGAAGUUUAAGGUGUUUAUGAUGGAAAGAAGACUGAAGCUGGUUUAAGGUGUGCCCCAGGGCAGAUCAUUUCGUCGAUAAAGUUUGCUAGCUUUGGAAAUCCA